AUGUCAGAAACACACGUUGCUGAUGAUUCUGGAAAAUUUCUCUCUCUGAGUUUAGGAAGCAGAUCUUCAUUCAAACCCUACUUCAAAAAGAAGGAAUAUGGAUGUCGAUUUUGCCACAGAAAAUUUCCGAGUUUUCAAGCUUUGGGAGGACAUCAGAACGCUCAUAGGCGUGAAAAAGUGCUUUCAAGAAUGGAAAAUGAUUUUCAUCAUUUGUAUCCAUACUAUGUAGGGUCACCAUUUUAUCAUGGAAUUGGCAACCCAUCAUGGCCUCAAUUUGCUAGGAUGAAUAAUGCUGGUGGUUGGAUUAAUCCAAAUCCAAUGAAUAAUAAUGUGGGAUUUGGAAAUUAUUAUGAAGUUAAUAAUCAGAUGCAGGUUCCUGGUGCAGCUCUUAACAAUGUCAUAAUGGAAAAUAACAAUCCUUAUGUCCCAAAUAAUCACCAAAUUUCAUCCUCAUUGCCUGAUUUGUGCCUCAGACUUUAG